CGGGCAAAAUCAGCCAAACUAUUUUAGAGUUAGAUUUAACAAAAUAGGAGUAUUUAAUUCAGACGCCACAUGAUUUAAUUUUGAUUUCCAAACCCUAGAGCGGACCUCUACAAAGAAGGUUGUUUGUGUGUCUGCAGAGAGAGAAAAAUGGCGGAGCAUUUGGCGUCGAUAUUCGGAACGGAGAAGGACAGGGUGAACUGCCCCUUCUACUUCAAGAUCGGCGCGUGCAGGCACGGAGACCGGUGCUCGCGUCUGCACACCAAGCCCAGCACCAGCCCCACGCUCCUCCUCUCCAACAUGUAUCAACGCCCCGAUAUGAUCACUCCCGGCGUCGACCCUCAGGGCCAGCCCAUCGAUCCCAAGAAGAUCCAAUCCCAUUUCGAGGAUUUCUACGAAGAUUUGUUUCAGGAGCUGAGCAAAUAUGGUGAUAUCCAGAGCCUGAACAUAUGUGAUAAUUUGGCUGACCACAUGGUUGGUAAUGUCUACGUCCAGUUUAGGGAGGAAGACCAAGCUCAGAAUGCCCUCCAGAAUCUUGUCGGCCGGUCUUACGAAGGGCGACCAAUCAUUGCUGAUUUCUCUCCCGUGACGGAUUUCCGUGAAGCAACUUGUAGGCAAUACGAAGAAAAUGUAUGCAAUCGAGGUGGAUACUGCAAUUUCAUGCAUCUCAAAAAGAUAAGCAGGGAAUUGAGACAGCAAUUGUUUCGGAAGAGUAGAAGAAGACAUGACCGCAGUAGAAGCAGAAGCCGUAGUCCUCGCCAUCGUGGCUAUGAGGAGCGUCAUGGCUCUGGGAGAAGGGGUGGUGAUAGCCGUCACCAUGAUAGAGGCAGAAGACCUCGAAGCAGAAGCCCAGGUCGAAGGAGUGGCCGAAGCAGAAGUCCUGGGGGAAGGAGAAACAGGAGCCCAGUUAGAGAAAGCAGUGCGGAGAGAAGGGCCAAAAUUGAACAGUGGAAUAAGGAAAGGGAGAAUCCUGAACCUGCUAAAGAUCGUAAUAAUGAAGAAGCCGAGGAUGGCAACCAUGGCUUGGAACAUAACGAUGGGCGAUCGCGUUCCUAUAACGACAAUCAGCAACCAUCAGAGCAAGGAAAUGGAGAUUAUGACUUCUAAAUUCUAUGCAGUUAAUCUUGGUUUGUCUUCUUUCUUUGUUUGAUUAUUCCCCGUCGUGUGGCUUUUGGCGCUAGCCCAUUUACUCAUUAACUACGUACUGCCGUGAGAAAAGGCUUACUGCCUAUUUUUCACUGUGCAGGUGCGGAUAAUUCACCAUUUUCUCCCUUUCCUCAUUCCAAAGAAAUAGUAUCUAUGUUUAGGAGGAAUAGCAAAUGAAACAGGCCAUAUGAUUAAACAUAUUUUGAACUGCCGAAAAAUCCUAAAAUAAAUUUUCAAUUAUGGAAAUAGGCAUACAUUCAUGUUUGGUGAAGUCCGUACUGACUCUAUAUAAGCUGCUAUAGAUUACUCGCAGUUUAUACAUAUAUGAAAUGUUAGCAUGCCAUUGCCCCCCGCCCACCACCACCAUCACCAUCACCCACACCAUGGUUAGCAAAGACUGCCUUUUUGCUACUGCUAGUAGUAAAAUAUCAGUUGGUGGAGAAGGAGCUAUUUUGCCUUGAGGAAAAUAACUCAAGACUAUUUUCUCAAUUAUUUGUGUUUCUGUUCGAACCAUCUGUGUUCCUUGACUAUGUUAGGUUCCCCCAACCCACCCCCACUCACCCCAAUCAUCCCAACCAAUUCCUGGAAUGACUAACAUAAUUAACAGGUAAGCAUCCUUUUAUUCCUGUCACCUAUCAAUGUUGAGCUGAAGGAAUCAGGCGUUUUAAGAAUUAGGUCAUUUAAUACAGUUUUGUCAAGUUGUGCAGGGUUGGAUACUUCUGCUCGGGCAUGCUUUUGGUGUAGCAGCUUAUGUUAAUAUUUGUAUACAGGUUAUCCAGUUUUGACUGCAGAAAAGAUCCAAGAUACAGCCAGUGUAUGUGAUGGCUGAGUAUUUAAGUGCUUGUGAUAAUACUUGAUUCGACACAGAAGUGAACUGGCUUCUUCAGAGCAACCGUCGGGUGUGCAAUGUCUUUUAGUUUUAGAAUUUUAUUUAGUACUCGGCAAUUAUUCCCCUUUUCUUUAGAAGAUUAAUGUUUCCUUUUGAAUUCGUAAGGUGUGUAACAUAUAAAACUCGUUUAUUGCAUCUCUCUGUUGUGACUAA